UGAUUGAGAAUUGUGAUUGUGAAUUGUGGUGAUUCACGACGACUCAGCAGACGUCAAGUCAAAACUGUCAAGUAAUUUACAUUUUCCAUUUUAUUGUCUUUAAAUUUUUAAAGCGUUGUUAUUUUAAUUUGGUUUACAUUUUGAAGGUCAUUCAGAGCUAAAAUGCAGACGUGCCGAUUCAAGGCAAGAGACCGCAGCAAUGACUGGAAAUGUUGUUUCUGUUGUCAUGUGCGCACAGGAACCAUUUUCUUUGGAAUAUGGCACUUGAUGCUGCAGGUGUUGGCUCUGUCAGUACUGGCUGUGGUGCUGCGUCACCCUGAGCUGAUGAGUUAUGACCACAGCAGCGCUGGACCGGAGCCUACACCACUGGCGGAACUGGAGAUGAUACAUGACGAGGGAGGCAACUUGCAGCUCACUCUGGGACAGAUCCCGGAGAGGCCCAUCUCCAUCCAGAACAACAACUUUGCUAGCCGCGCCAGCUACUAUCGCGACGUGAAUACGUGUGUGAUAUUCACAUUUUGCACCUUCAUGAUCACUCUGCUAAUGGUCUAUGGAGCAAUCAAGGGGAAGCCUGUGUAUCUGCUCCCAUUCUUCUGUCUCCAAGUCUUUGAUUUCUGUCUCUCCAGCUUGACUGCUGUAGGGUUCGUGUUGUACAUGCCUGAUGUCCAUGGUCUAGUGGCUCACAGUCCCCGCAUCCCCUAUCAGACUGAGCUGCUACAACUCAAUGAGCAAUGUCUGUCACUGCUGGUGCUACUCACCUUCCUGGUGGCUCUGCUGGUCAAGGCUUACUUUAUCGGAGUGGUAUGGAGCUGCUACAAGUACCUGAUGUUGCGUGUGUUCCCUGGCCAACGGACCAUCCACUACAUUGACACUGAGAGCUUGUUGCCCAGCUACGAGGCAGCUGUCAAGAAGUACGUGGUCCCUCCCCCAUCCUAUGACACAGCUGUUCGUACCACCCCUACCACGACUGUGACAGCAGAGCAGACCAACACCACCACCGCCGUCACCGCCGCCGCUCCCCCACCACAGCCCAUGUAAUGUGCAACCCACUUGAAGGAAAUUCCUAGUUUUAUUUUUUAAGCAAUACAUAUUUUAGCCGGUUUUUGUUUACUAUAUUCCAGAGUAAAUCAGAUUUGUGAUUUAACAAGUAGUUUUAAGUGUAAUGUGUAAGUGAAUGGGGCACUUAAAGUAUUACUGUACCCGUCUUUUGUAAAAAAUAUCAAUUUGGACAAAAUUCAAAUGUUGCAAGUAUUGCAAGAUCUGCGUAUUCAAAGUUUGUCUAACUGGCACUAGUCCUACCAAUCACAUCUCUCCUGUUGGUCGGCAGAUGUGUUUUUUACUGGGUAUAUCAUUUUUAAAUUUUAUCUUGUUUUAUAUGGAAGGGAUACAAAAAAAGUGUUUCUAUUUAGCAUACAUCUCACAUACUUAACUAAACUAUGAAAAGUAAUAAUUCAAAGUAGGUAACACAGGAGUUUAACCAUACAUAAGUUUGUCAUAUUACUCUGAAUUCCAUGGAAUCAGCCUACAACUUAACUCGUGUCAUUAAGUGUAUGCAUUUUACUAUUUACAGUCAAAUUUGUACUUGAGAUUUAAUGAUAUUUUUCCAAAUAUUUAAGUUGAUUUCUUAUAUAUUUUUCCAAUUUAAAAUAAAUAUUUAACCAUAAUUUUUACCAUACCUACAUGGGGUUUUCAAGUUUUUGUGUUUGAUGACUGGAUACAGAUUGGUAAGCUUACUUAAGUUCUAACAACAGAUCAUUGGUUUAUUAUGCGAUAAUUUUAUGAAAGCGAGAUUAAGACUUGUACAGCAUUAUAUUUAUAUUUAUUCCUAUUUUUGUUUCAUGAAUCUUCAUUUAUAGUUAUUUUUGUUAAAACUUAAUUUUUAUUUUCUCCUUGAAUUGUAUAUUCAUAGUAAAACAUUAAGAAUGUGAAAAAUCAGUGUGCUAUAGUGUCAUUUAUUAAUUUGUGAUAUUUUUGUACAUACAAAUUGAGUAGUUUGUAGGUAACAGGUGUAGUAUUGGGUACCCACAAAUGUAGACUGUACAUCAAAUUUGUACACAACUUACUGGGUAAAGUAAAGGUUUUAAGGUAAUACAAAAUCACUGUUUGAACUUGAAGGAGAACAAGUUAUAGAAACGUACUUUACUUUACACUGCUUUUGGGAACCCUGUAGUUGAUGCUAUAUGUAUAUAUGUCACAACCUGAAAGUGUUAAAUGGUCCAGUAUCUUUCUCGAAGUUUAAAAUGUUGAUCUAAAAAGAACUAAAAGAUAGAUCCUUUUGGCUAAUGCCACCUAGUUAGCUUAUACAUCUGUAAUUUGUGUUUGAAUAAUGAAUAUUAAAAUCUCUAAAUUCUUA